AAAGCCCCUUGAUCCCACGGGGGUCUAUAAAGAGCCCGGGUCCUGGUCUGAACAACCAAACACAGUCACCAUGGCAAAGAUCAUCUUUUACGAGGACAAGAACUUCCAGGGCCGUCACUAUGAGUGCAGUAUCGACUGCUCCGAGAUGCACAGCCACGUCAGCCGCUGCAACUCCAUCAAGGUGGAGAGCGGCAGCUGGGUGGCCUACGAGAAGUCCAACUACAACGGCUACCAGUACCAGCUGAACAAGGGCGACUACCCCGACUACCAGCGCUGGGCCGGCUUCAACGACUGCAUCCGCUCCUGUCGCAUGGUGCCUUCCUACCGUGGCAACUUCAAGAUCAAGGUGUUCGAGCGCUCAGACUUCAUGGGUCAGAACAUGGAGCUGAGUGAGGACUGCCCCGACCUGAUGGAACGUUUCCACACCCGCGACAUCGCCUCCCUCAAUGUGAUGGAGGGCUACUGGAUGCUCCACGAGCACCCCAACUACAGGGGCCGCCAGUAUUUCCUGAGCCCCGGCGAGUACAGGAGGUACAGCGAGUGGGGAAGCUCCAGCCCCACCUUCGGCUCUCUGAGACGCUUCACCGAGCCCAUCUGAAUCGUCCACCGUAGCACUUGCCAACCCCCGCCCCCCCCCCCCUCCCACAGCUAGCUAGCUAGUUAGCGAAGCUAUCUUGCUAGUUUUUGAGCCAAGCUCACUAGUUAAUGAAGCUAGCCAGCUAGUUAGCUAGGUACAACACCAUUAUUUUUUUCGAUUGUGGUCUUGCUACCUUGGAACCUCAAACUUUGAACCUUAACAUUAGCACGAUGAUUUGGGGAUUAAAGUAUGUCUGAUGUUAGGGCUUUCAGGGCUGAACCCUCCCCCCCGACCUCUGACCCCUCCCCCCUGUGCUGAACUAAAGCGAUGCUAAAGAUAAUUCACCAAUGAUGUUAGUCUUGCUUCGCUUUGGUGGUCUGGGAACAGCUGUGGUCCCUCCUGUCCUUCCAGAAACUGAAUAAAACUUGAUGAAAGUCAA